ACGGUUUUGUUGGUUCACUCACAAGAAAGCAGGCUUCCAACAAAAUUAAUUCAGCUUUUUGUUUACAACCUCCAUUUUCCUCUUCAUCUUCCUCCUCUUUCGAAGAACACAUCUCAAGAAUGCAACUCCUUCUCUCCCUUUGAUUUCGCAAUUCAAUUCAGGAAGUAAUGGGUCCAUUCCCAUUACUUGAUACAGCACUUGAAAUCUUUCCGCGUUGCCCUAUUAUCAUUCCGGCUUCUUCAUAUGGCAGGCGGUCUUCAAAUUGCUAUCACAUUCUAACAACAGUUUCACCUACCAGGAACUGGAAAGUCUCGUACAUUGGAAACUUGCACUCUAAACCAAAAACUGUUGCCUUUUCUAGUCGGGACAAUUCAAGUGAUCGUUUAACAGAUUUGGUAGAUGAUGGUGAUGGCUUUUCAACUGGAAGAAGUGAAGUAUUGGAGACUGAAGAAGAUGAAAUUCUUGCAGUUAAAAUGGCGCUUUUGGAGUCUCAAACAAGACAAGAAGCUGUAGAGAAAGAGAGAGAUCAACUGCUUGAGAGGCUGGCUCGCUAUGAGGCUAAACAAAAAGAAUAUGUUGCUACUAUAUUGCAUGAUAAGGAAUUGGCAGUUUCAGAACUCGAGGCUGCCAGAUCACUAUUUAAUAAAAAACUUGAGGAAUCAGUAGGUGAGAAGUUUUCUUUGGAGUCUAAGCUGGUCCUUGCAAAGCAGGAUGCCAUUGAUCUUGCAGUGCAGGUUGAAAAGUUAGCCGCAAUUGCCUUCCAGCAGGCCACUUCACACAUAUUAGAAGACGCUCAAUAUAGAGUAUCAGUUGCAGAAACUUCUGCUGUUGAGACUUCUUAUGAAAUUGAGAAACAGAUCAGGGAUGCUACUGAAGGUUCAAUGCUGUCAUUUGUAGAACAAUCAAAAAUAGCUAUCGAGAAGGCACUGGAUGUGGCUGAAAAAGCUAGUGCUCAUGCAAAGAAGGCUGUGGCUACAUUUACUGAUGAGGUAUAUCCUUUAGAUGAGAUUGCCUCUAUCCAAUCAGAAAAUAUUCAGUUGAAAGGUGUUGUCAAUGAAUUGGAAUCUCACUUAUCUCUUGCAAGAACUGAUGUUGAUACCCUCAAGUUGGAACUGGAGCAAGCCCGAGCACAAGCAACUGCAUCAGAAAUUCGAGCAAAAAAUGCUGAGAAAGCAUGGGUCGAAUUUCAGGAGUUGAGCAGGGAAAAGACCAUUCAACAGGAGGGGGAAAUUAAAUUGAUGAUGGAGAAAAUCAAGAAAGAUGUAGCAGACAAGAAGAAAGCUGCUUCCAAAGCUUUCAAGGCUGAGCUUGAAGGCAUUAAGUCUGCCAUUCAUGCUGCGAAAGAAACAGCACAUUCAAAAGACAAUGCCUAUAUGAGAAGAUGUGAAGCACUGCAAAGAUUAUUGAGGGCUUCGGAAGCUGCAACAAAGAUGUGGCAACAACGAGCUGAUAUGGCUGAGUCAUAUUUAUUGAAGGAAAGAACCUUGGGUAUAGAUAAUGAAGAUGCAGCUUAUAUUGUCAAUGGUGGGCGGAUUGACCUCUUGACAGACGAUGAGUCACAGAAGUGGAAACUCUUGAGCGAUGGUCCUCGAAGAGAGAUACCUCAAUGGAUGGCUAGAAGAAUUGGAACCAUCCGUCCAAUGUUUCCUCCUAGAAAGAUUGAUAUAACUGAAAUUUCAACAUCAAAGUUUAGAUCCUUGGACUUGCCCAAACUUGAAGAAGUAUGGUCAAUCGCUCAAGAAAAGCCAAAAGUAGGGGAUACACUAAUUGAGCAUGUUAUCGAGAAAGAAACAAUAGAAAAGAAAAGAAAGGCUCUUGAGCGUGCACUGCAACGAAAGACCAUACAAUGGCAGAGGACGCCUGAUAAAACAAAAUUAGAACCAGGAACUGGAACUGGACACGAAAUUGUGUUUCAAGGUUUCAACUGGGAAAGCUGGAGAAGACGCUGGUACCUGGAGUUAGCUACCAAAGCAUCUGAUUUAUCUCAGUCUGGGAUAACAGCAGUGUGGCUCCCACCACCAACGGAAUCUGUUGCUCCACAAGGUUAUAUGCCAUCUGACCUAUAUAAUUUGAACUCAUCUUAUGGAUCCGAGGAAGAACUCAAGUACUGUAUAGAAGAAUUUCAUUCUCAAGAUCUUCUGGCCCUCGGUGAUGUUGUACUCAAUCAUAGAUGUGCACACAAGCAGAGUCCCAAUGGGGUUUGGAACAUUUUCGGUGGUAAGCUUCCUUGGGGACCUGAAGCAAUUGUUUGUGAUGAUCCCAAUUUUCAGGGUCGAGGAAAUCCUUCAAGUGGCGACAUCUUCCAUGCAGCACCAAAUAUUGAUCAUUCCCAGGACUUUGUGAGGAGGGACAUAAAAGAAUGGCUAAACUGGCUUCGUAAUGAUAUUGGUUUUGAUGGGUGGCGCCUUGAUUUUGUGAGGGGUUUCUCGGGUACGUAUGUUAAAGAGUAUAUUGAGACUUCUAAUCCUGCUUUUGCUAUCGGAGAAUACUGGGACAGUUUGGCUUAUGAACAUGGGGAUUUAUGUUAUAACCAAGAUGCUCAUCGGCAACGAAUAGUUAAUUGGAUCAAUGCCACUGGUGGCACUUCCUCUGCAUUCGAUGUUACCACCAAGGGGAUAUUGCAUUCUGCACUUCAUAACCAAUAUUGGAGGUUGAUAGACCCACAAGGAAAACCAACAGGAGUAGUGGGAUGGUGGCCUUCCCGUGCUGUCACUUUCUUGGAAAACCAUGACACUGGGUCGACACAGGGACACUGGCCGUUUCCGCGUGAUAAACUUGCUCAAGGAUAUGCAUAUAUCUUGACUCAUCCUGGAACGCCUACAAUUUUCUACGACCACUUCUAUGAUUUUGGUAUUCGUGAAAUGAUCAAUGAGUUAAUAGAGGUUCGACAACGUGCUGGGAUCCAUUGUCGGAGCUCGGUUAAGAUAUAUCAUGCAAACAAUGAAGGAUAUGUUGCACAGGUUGGAGAUACUUUGGUAAUGAAGCUUGGACAUUUUGAUUGGAAUCCCUCGAAGGAAAAUCAUUUGGAUGGGAACUGGCAGAAAUUUGUUGACAAAGGAUCAGAUUACCAAUUGUGGCUGAGACAAUAAUACUCCUUUCCUUUCUACAAUGAAAAGGAGGGAUAAUGUGUGUCAUUCUUCAAAUUGUACAAACAUUGUACUUCAAGAUAUAUAUAUAUGCUAACCUCACAAAACUCAAAGAUAUAUUGAAAUAAGAUUAGCAAAUCAAUUUUAAUUUAA